AUGCAGGGCAAAAAAGUUAUUGUUCUUUCAAAUCUGAAGCCAAGGAAUAUGCACGGUGUCAAGUCUAGUGGAAUGUUGAUGGCUGCUUCUGAUUCAAAGCACGAGAAUGUUGAACUUCUGUUCCCUCCUGAAGAAGCAAAUCCUGGUGAAAGAAUAUGGUUUGGGUCUGAAGAUGAAAAGGACAAUCAACCUGCUGCUGCUGCUCCAAAUCAGCUUGAUAGGAAUGGGCUGGGCCCCACAAGUGAUGAGGGGGAUCUCUUAGUAAAUAGAGAUGAGGUGGGGCCUAAGCAAUGGCAAUUACACCUUAGAGGUUGGGCAGUAAGAGAAUUGUUUUCUCUAACUGAGGAGCAUUAG